CGUUUUUUUUAUUCUUCAUCCACCGCCCUACACAAUGAGCCCAAACAAUCAACCUACUCAGGAACAGCUUGAUGAAUGGAAGGAAGCUUUCUCUUUGUAUGACAAGAAGGGUAACAGCACCGUGUCUUCCAACAACCUUGGUGAUCUUUUGAGAGGAUUGGGACAAAACCCUACCCAAGCGGAAGUUCGUGAACUUAUCAAAUCUGUCGGCGGUUCCGAAACCAAAGAGGUGGAUAUCGACUUUGGUACCUUUUUAACCAUCUUUACUCGACCCGACGGCAACAAAGCAGCAGGGUUGUCUCAGGAGUUUAUUCAGGGAUUCCAAGUUUUUGAUAAGGAAGGUGAUGGCUAUAUUUCCGCCGGAGAGUUGCGCUACGUCUUGACCAAUCUUGGCGAAAAAUUGACGGAUGAAGAAGUGGACGAGUUGUUGAAGGAAGUGGAAAUCGGCAAAGAUGGACGUAUCAACUAUGUCGAUUUUGUUACUUUGAUCCUGUCCAACUAAAUCCGAGUUCACCGGAUGGAGGGAAAAACCACCAAAUCAUCUCAAUGAGAGAAAAAGAAAUAAGUUUACUUAGUUUAUACCAUGGAAUGAAAGCUCCAUUUUUUGUUUUAGUGCUGAAUAUCAUUAUGAUAAAGCGAUCUGGGAACCCGAUUUUGCGAAAACGAGAGGCACUUUAUGGAGUGAUCACAGUAACAAUAACAACUUCCAUGGCUUGAUUGAACCAUCAAGAAAAGGAGCACAGAUAAAAUGAAAUGAGAAAAAACAAGUGGAUGACGAGUCUCAAUUUCAUACGAUCAGUAUCAAGAGAACCGUAAUCAUUCAACAAUAGAUCGACAACUAGCGAACGUAUCAGGAAGCUCCAUGACAACGAAUACAAUCUUCGAGUCUUUUGGCACUGUGAGCCAUGAACUCGCGACUCCCUUUUUCCAACGAUCACGAUCAAAUAGGACACCAGUUCCGCAAGCAUUGCACGUUACUGAUUUUGAUACAAGAGAGUU